AAUUUGAUUCAAUGCACCGACAAUUGAUGAGGUUGCAAUUGUAAUUCGUGGUGAUCAGUUUCAAUGGUGUGAUAUUAUACUUCAUCGUAGAAAUGACCAAUUGCAACGUGUUUCGGAACUUCAUCGUAGUUACGACGCAUUACAAUACCCAAUAUUGCAUUGGAAAGGUGACGAUGGCUAUAAUAUAAAUAUACCAAUGAUUGAUCCACGAACAGGUCUACAUGUACAGAAAAAAGUUAGUGCCAUGAAUUUUUAUUCUUAUCGAUCGAUGGUUCGUCCACAAGAACAAAAUUAUAUCUUGAGAUGUCGUAAACUAUAUCAUCAGUACUUCGUUGAUAUGUACGUCGAAAUAGAAACAGAACGUCUUAAUUUAAUUCGUUUCAACCAAGCAAAAUUAAGAUCUGAACAAUAUAUUCAUUUGCAAGACGCGAUAGCAAAUGAUGCUAAUAUUAAUGACAUCGGACGUUUAACUAUAUUGCCAUCUUCGUAUAUUGGUAGCCCACGGAAUAUGAACGAAUAUGCACAAGACGCAAUGUGUUAUGUAAAAAAAUACGGUCGACCGGAUCUGUUCAUUACAUUUACAUGUAAUCCGCAGUGGGAUGACAUCAAAAACAAUUUAUUUGCAGGACAGUCGACAACCGAUCGUCAUGACAUUACUGCGCGUGUUUUUCGGCAAAAAUGUAAGGCAAUUAUGGAUUUAAUUGCGAAAUUAUAUGUAUUUGGGGAUGUGCGUUGCCAUAUGUACUCCAUUGAAUGGCAGAAAAGGGGAUUGCCGCACGCACAUAUACUAAUUUGGCUGGUACAUAAAGUAACUCCGGAUCAAAUCGAUAACCUUAUAUCAGCUAAAAUUCCUAAUCACACUGCUGAUCCUGAGUUAUUUCAAGUUGUCGUUAAAAACAUGAUACAUGGACCGUGUGGUGAACUAAGUAUGAAUUCACAAUGUAUGAUUGAUGAAAAGUGUUCGAAACGAUACCCAAGGCAAUUUACUUCAGACACAAUAACGGGCAAUGACGUAUAUCCGUUGUAUCGACGUAGAUCACCUAAUGAUAAUGGCAAAACGGCAACCAUUAGAAUGCAUAACCAGGAAGUUGAAGUUGAUAAUCGUUGGGUGGUUCCGUAUUGUCCAUUAUUAUCGAAAAUAUUCAACGCUCAUAUAAAUGUGGAAUAUUGUAAUUCUGUCAAAUCCAUUAAAUAUAUUUGCAAGUAUGUAAAUAAAGGGAGCGAUAUGGCUAUUUUCGGUGUUGCUGGUGAGAAUAGAAAUGAUGAAAUUACUCAGUAUCAAAUGGGUCGCUAUAUUUGUAGCAAUGAAGCUGUCUAGAGGAUUAUGUCGUUUCCAAUGCACGAAAGAUAUCCUGCGGUUGUUCACUUGGCUCUUGAGAAUGGCCAACGUGUUUAUUUUAAUGUAGCAAAUUUAUUGGAAAGAGCAGCGCAACCACCAGCAACUACGUUAACAGCUUUUUUCAAAUUAUGCGAAACUGAUAUAUUUGCGAUAACUUUGUUAAAUUCUGAAGUGCCUCAGUAUUACACAUGGAAUGUGUCUUCGAAAAAAUUUCAAAGACGUAAACAAGGAACAGCAGUUCAUGGGCAUCUUGGCAUUUUCCAAACAGAUGCAAUUGGCAGAAUAUAUACAGUACAUCCAAACAAUGUUGAGUGUUUUUAUUUGAGAUUGUUAUUAGUUAACGUGAAUGGCCCAAAACCCUUUCAAGAAUUGAGAACAGUCAACGGUCAUUCGUGUGAAACAUACCGUGAAGCAUGUCAACUUUUGCAUUAGUUGGAGGAUGAUGCUCAUUGGGAUUCAACACUUCAUGAUGCAUCUAUUUCGGCUCAUCCUCAACAAAUACGAAUGCUGUUUGCCGUUAUAUUAUCAACAUGUAUGCCAUCAAAUCCACUUGAAUUAUGGAACAAAUAUAAACAUAAUAUUGCAGAAGAUAUUUUAAUUCGUAUGCGUCAUCAUGCAAGAAAUUCUGAUUUGUUGAUAACUUUGGAAAUGUACAACGAAGCUUUGAUAAUAAUUGAAGAUAUGUGUCUACGGAUUGCAAAUAAAACAUUAGUACAAUUGGGUAUGACCGCACCAAAUCGUGACAUGCAUGAUCUGUUUGAUCGUGAAUUGCAACGUGAGCAGGAAUUCAAUUCUAAUGAUUUGCGUUUUUUUUGUACAAUCGAAUAUAACCAAAAUUAAUAUUCAGCAAAAACAUGUCUAUGACACAAUCAUGCAAGCCAUUUCCAGAAAUGCAGGUGGGUUAUAUUUCUUGGAUGCACCUGGUGGUACAGGCAAAACGUUUGUUAUAUAACUGAUUUUAGCCACUAUUCGAUCGGAACUGAAAAUUACACUGGCACUUGCAUCUCGGGAAUUGCUGCUACAUUAUUAGAAGGUGGUCGGACAGCACACUCUGCAUUAAAAUUGCCAUUGAAUAUACAGGUGAUUGAAACUCCAACUUGCAAUAUUUCAAGAAAUUCUGCUAUGGCAAAAGUUCUGCGAUUAACGUCCAUUAUUUUAUGGGAUGAGUGUACAAUGGCGAAUAAAAAAUUACUAGAAGCAUUUAAUCGAACAAUGCAAGAUUUACGUGGUAACCAACAGCUUUUUGGUGAUGCUUUGAUAUUACAGCCAGGGGAUUUUCGACAAACAUUGCCUGUCAUUCCUCGGUCAACUCCUGCUGAUGAAAUAAAUGCCUGUUUGAAGUCAUCAGUUCUGGAGAUAUGUACAAAAAUUGACACUGAACAUUAAUAUGCGUAUUCACCUACAAAAUGAUCCAGCUGCCCAUGAGUUUUCAGAACAAUUGUUACAAAUUGGUGAUGGCAAAAUACAAAUCGACAGAACCAACAGAUUGAUCACUGUACCGAACAAUUUUUGUACAAUUACGAAAUCGAUAGAUGAAUUGAUUGAAUGUGUUUUUCCAAAUAUUCUUCAGAAUUACAGAAACCAUGAUUGGUUGACAGAACGCGCCAUUUUAGCACCGAAGAACAUUCAUAUCAAUGCAUUAAUUUUCAAAUUCAAGCAAAACUCCCAGGCGUAGUCACGACAUAUAAAUCAAUUGACAGUGCUAUGAAUCAAGAUGAGGCAAUGAAUUAUCCAACUCAAUUUUUGAAUUCAUUAGAACCGGCUGGUAUGCCACCGCAUUGCUUGAAUCUGAAAGUGGGUUCUUUGAUUAUAUUAUUGCGAAAUAUUAAUCGAACAAAACUGUGUAAUGUCACCAGAUUGGCAGUGAAAAAUUUAUUGCCAAAUUUGAUUGAAGCUACGAUCUUAACUGGUAAAUCAAAAGGAGAAGUUUGUUUAAUACCGCGUAUCCCUAUGAUUCCAACGAAUAUGCCAUUUGCAUUCAAACGAUUACAAUAUCCUGUGCGUUUUUUAUUUGCUUUUUCGAUAGCUUAUAAUUCCAUAAAUACCCUGUGAAAUCGGGAAGUUCAUAUCUUGAAUAGUUUUUGGAUGGCAGCGUUCUAAAGAGCGACCGCUCGGAGGUGCAAACAUAUACAUACAUAUGUAUAUGUAAGUGAAAAUUUAAACGCGUUUUUCUCGAAACGACAUUUUUCAAAAUUGCUGGCGUCAUAACUCAUCGAAAAACUGACCGAUCGACUUCAAAUUACAACUAAGGAUUUUUGAAUGCAUUUACUAUACAAUGACCUAAGAUUUUUUUGAUUGGUUGAAAAUUGUCAAUUUGGCAUUGAAAAACGACCAUUUAAAAAAAAAAAAAAACAAAAACGAAUAUUUUUUUUCAAAAUUGCGCCAUUUUGUUAAUUAUUGAUAUUUUUUAAAGAUCGUGGGUCAUUGUAUAUGAAAUAUCAUUAAUAAACUAUUCAAAUGUUUUUGUUUCAGCAACUCAUUCGGCCGGAAUCAUGCCAGCGAUUGGGGCACUUUUUUUUGGCACCUCCGAAGACAGCCCAUAACUCCGUUAUUUUUCAACAUUUUUGUAAAAAACAUUUUUAAGUAUACCUUAUUACGUUCAAAGAAGUUGGAGAUAUUCAAAAGCGUAGUUUCUCUUGCAAAAAUUCACGGAAAUCGCCUAAUUUUUCAUUCGUCACACUGGUAUAGCCCCAAUAUUACCGCAAAAUUUUAUUUGUGUACUGAAAAGUGAAAAAAUCAAAUGGAGUUUUAAAUUGUGUUCCCAGUAGGAGUGAAUGUAGUCCGAUUUCGCUCAUUUUCACAGAGUGACACAGGAAAAUGUCACGUUCCAAAUUUUGUUGAGAUGGGGAAAAUGUUUAAGCUUAUAUGUUAAGAGAAAUCCUGUAGUUUACUAGGAAAAAUAAUUCAUAGCUCGACCUCGCCCGACACUAUAACAAAAACACUAAUUUCUAAAACAUUAAAAAAAAAUUUAGUUUUUUUAAUGAUUCAAUGUUUUUCCGAAAAAAACAUAAUAAUAGAUUAACUAAAUUAAUUUUUAUAUCAUUCAUAUUAAAUACAUACUAUGUUGUCCUGAAUCCAUAAAAAAUAUUUUCAAGAAUUCCGUUCACGCAAUAAAAAAAACCACUUGCAAUUUCGAGAACAAUGGAGAGUUUCGCCAAUAAGCACGUGCGUUCUGAACGAAGUCUAGGUUCCGACUACUUGUGUGGCAUUAUAGCGACCUGAAGGUCAUUCAUUUGAUCGGUUCAUUGUAGAACGGUUAUUUAUGUAAGUACCAAAAAAAAUCAAUUUUGAGUACCAUCGCUGAAGUUUGUAAUUUUCAAUUUUGUCCGGUCUUUGAGGGUAAAUGCUCCUAUGUGCGAGGUGGGAUUUAAAACUGCCCAGGUACAGAAAGAAAAAUUCCAACAGCUAUGUACUUGGCUAAUAGAUCUGUUUUAAGUUAAGUGUUAUACUAUACACCCAACUCUUUUUUUACACGGUUUUUUUUACACGGAAUUGAAGUUACACGGUUGAAAAAAAAUAAAUUUUUGUAAAAAAUUUUUAAUUAUGUACGGUUUUAAAAUCACUGUCUUGUAAUUACGUGUAUGUUUGUUUGCUUAUUCCUUCAUAUAAAAAUAGCAUUAUGCAACACUACAUGUUCGAAAAUUUCUAUUCGGAAUACAAUAGGAACAUUACACAACACUACGUAAUGAAUAGGUUGGUAAUACUCUUCAGCUCUCCAUUCGAACUUGUUGUUCGCUUCAUUCUAUAUAAAAUAAAGAUUUCAACAUUGUUUUUACCAUACUUGGCACCAUUGCUGAAAUGAACAACAUAGUAGUAACUGGGAAAUCACUUUAUUCGAUAAUUUUUACCUACACAUUUUG